AUGUCAGCUGAGUUUUUUUCAUCAGCAUCUAUACGCGCACAAGACCGCAUCUCUGCUACACGCAUCAUAGUAUUGCUUCUCAGAGUGCUUGAUCUUUGGCAAUUUCCAGAUUAUAACAGCAAGCGUCCCCACUUUGUGCAGAAUUUGUGGCGCUUAUAUGGAUUACUACUCCACUUGACGAUCACAGUGCCCUUCAUGAUGGCGCAAACCAUCGCUGCGCUCUUAUCGCACGACCUAGACGAAUUUGGCAAUAUUCUGUACUUAUUGCUAGCAGAAUUGACAAUGAUGGCCAAGAUAUUGCAUAUUUGGCGUCAUAGCAAUUUGGCGUGCCGCUAUUUGGACGAGGCGGCGCACGAGCCAAAAUAUGCGCUUUACCACGGCAACGAGUGGAUGCAAUGGAAGCGGCAGCAAAGCUCAUUCGCACUAAUCGCCUACUCAUACAUACUGGGGUGUGUAUUUAUUGUGCUGAUCGUUAACUUAGGUAUUCUACUGACACCGCCGGACAUUUAUGUGUUGCCUUGCGACCUCUAUGUGCCGUUCGAGUGGCAAAAUCGGCGUUAUUACUGGUACGCAUAUGGCUUUGCUAAUCUCGGCCUCGUUAUGGUCUGUAUCGCCAAUAGUACGCUCGACAUGCUUUUCUGCUACUUCAUGCUGCACUUGGCGCUGCUAUACGAAUUGAUUGGUAAGCGUUUGAUGGCAUUGCGCCGACAAAGGCAACGCGUCGUUGGCGGCGGAUCUGAGGUACUCGAUGAGUUGCGUGAAAUUUUCCAAAUGCAUGUGAGCGUGAAGAGAUUCACUGUCCAAUGUGAGACGCUGGUGUCGGUGCCGGUCUUAUCGCAAAUUAUACUCAGUGCCUUUAUACUCUGCUUCGGCGGCUAUCGAAUACGAAGUAUGCACAUCAUGGAGGAGUUUGCUACUUUUUUCCCUGCUAUUCAAUACAUUUCAGCGAUGGUUUUGGAAAUCUAUUUGCUUUGUUACUACGGCAAUGCUGUAACGGUUAAUUCCGAUGCAUUAACAAAUGCGAUAUUCAACUCCGAUUGGACAGAAUUUGAUGUGCCCACACGCAAAUUUAUGAUUUUAUAUAUGGAACUGCUGAAAAAACCUACCACAUUGAAGGCAGGCAACUUUUUUCAAGUGGGUUUACCCAUAUUCACAAAGACCUUGAAUAAUGCAUACGCCUUCUUUGCACUACUUCUUAAUACGAACAAAUGA